UGCAACUGUCCUUAAGUGCCGCACUCCUUACUGUCUCUCAUUUCUGCCUACCAACACCCUCACGUCGCUAGUAUAUAUCAACGCUCGCCAAUUCUCCCUCAACAAGCGACGGCACACGCACGCACUUCCUGGGCUACCCUCGCCGCGCAACUAUCAGGAGCCCCGGUGGCUUCUGUCUAAUCUAAUCCAGAGACGAGGGGUGGAGGAAAUUAUUUGUGUUAUCUGAUUGCUCAUCAGACAUAAAGACUUGCCUCUCCACUGGCAUUGGAGCUGUAGGAGACGGGCAACAUUCCGAGGCUUGACGACACCAUACUGCCGGGUAGCCCCUUCCUAGAGAACCUUCGUCAUGUCCCUAAAACAGGAAAUCGAAACCUGGGUGGCAGCCCUAGCCCACUACGAUUCGAACGAAUUCGACGAGGCCUUGAAAUCUUUUGAUGGCAUUUCUGACACUUCGAAAAUUCUCUUCAAUUGUGGUGUCAUCCAUGCAACUCUCGGUGAACAUGAGAAAGCGGUCGACUGCUACCAGCGCGCUGUGCGUCUGGACCAGUACCUCGCCGUCGCCUACUUCCAGCAAGGUGUAUCCAACUUCCUCAUGGGUGACUUCGAGGAAGCGCUUGCGAACUUUAAUGAUACCCUUCUCUAUCUCCGCGGUAACAACAAUAUUGACUAUGAACAACUGGGUCUAAAGUUUAAAUUAUAUUCCUGCGAAGUGCUCUUCAAUCGCGGUCUUUGCUACAUCUACCUACAGCAGAAGGACGCUGGUAUGCAGGACUUGUCCUUCGCCGCAAAGGAGAAAGUAGUCCCAGAUCACGAUGUUAUCGAUGAGGCCAUCCGCGAGGAAGCAGAGGGUUACACUGUAUUCUCGAUCCCUGUUGGCAUUGUCUAUCGCCCCAACGAAGCAAAGGUGAAGAAUUUGAAGACGAAGGAUUAUCUUGGAAAGGCACGCUUGGUCGCUGCUUCGGAUAGAGCUAAUGCGUUCACUGGUUUCGCCGGCGCAGAAAUCAAGAAGAUAGGUACUUCAGCCAAGGACGAUCGUCCAGAAGAUAAACUUUCCUAUGCCGCGACGAACCUGGUCAAGCCUGAACUCCAGAGCAGAGUCCGCCAGCAAUCUGAGCCGCCCAUGACUCGGAACAUGUUUCCUCCCACUCCACCUCCAGAGACCGAUAAUAGGAAAUCGGCGGAAGGAAAGAACACGAUGUCACGUGCUCAGUCCGUUCGCGGAGGCGGUCCCAAACCUCAACCACUCAAUUUGGGUCGCGCCGCAUUUGACCAGAACGAUCGCCCUCGCAUGGGUACUGUGCGAUCCGCUUCAGAACGCCCCCGGCCUUCUCGCCAAGAAUCAGUCUCCACCCGAAGCCGUCGCGAACGAGAUAUGCCACGCCGACGCAUGGGAUCCGACGAAGAAAUGGACGACUACGAUGAGGUUUACGACAUGUACCAAUCUCGCUCUAAUCGACCCUCUUACGCUCGAUCCCGUCAAGGAAAGAGUUCAAGACCCAUGUACAUUGAUGAAGAGGAAGAAGAUGAUUACGAUCUUGAAGACGAUGACGCUGAAUUUGAGAUGGUCUCACGCUCCAAGACUCGAAGACGAUCUCCUGCGCGUUCUAAUACCUCUCGACGCAGUGACCGCGAUAAUAUGCAGAAGAUCCGGGUCAAGGUGCACGCUGGAGAUACUCGUUACGUUUUCAUCGAACCCAACAAAACGAUGCGCGACUUCGUCACUCAGAUCCGCGAAAAGUUCGGCAUUCGCCAAAACUUUAAGGUCGAGAUCAGCGAUGAUGGUGAUAUGAUUACCAUGGCGGAUCAAGAUGAUCUAGACAUGGCUAUCCAGACGGCCAAGAGCAUGGCCCGAAAGGAGAAUGCGGAUAUGGCGAAAAUGGAGGUGUGGAUAAAGGAAGUAUAGACUAGAGAUACCCAACACAGCACGAACCUCUCACGAGCGCCAUAUUCUUCUUCCCCCCCCUUUUCUACUUCUCAUCUUGCUUCGGAUGUUCUCGUACCAUUUUGGCUGCAGAAGUAUCCUUAUUUGAAGUAUAUUUAUAGUUUAAGUCUCGUCCUGUGGUUGCCACGCUGAAGAAAUUUCCUGUAAUGUCCACCUGAUACUUGAGCGAGCAUUUUUUAUUCCAGAUCUUGCAUAUCACGUACACUCUGGCGUUCUUUCUUUUCCACACAGCCGGACUGUUGAGUACGUCCGCGGUAGACUGGGAGCAGGCGGUUGCAUAGAGAUCUUGUAUUACCCUUGGAUGUAGUAACGGACGCUCUGGUAGUAAUUAUGUGGUAUGUGGUAUGGAAUAUAUCCUGGAUUUUUAGAAUUCAAGCACUUCUCUCCUAUCUC